AUGACACCCCAUGUGAUACAAGACUCUGAUGAUGAAGGCAGUGACCUCAGUCCUGUCAAAAGCCCGGUGGCGCCAGGGCCAGCUCAAGACGCCCCAGGUCAACAUGAAGACCAACCCGACGCGUCACUUGCGCCAUCUCGGAGCGGCUCUACAGACCCGUCUUUCUUUCAAAGGAUCUACGAUGAGCAUAACCAAACCGGAAGCAUAGACCUUUCGAGGCAACGCCAGAUAGAAGCUGAACCAAACCCUGAUUCUGGCCUUGUUCACAUUGUCCAGAAUACUCGUUCUUCACUUACCGACCCCACCAUGGCAGAAUCAGCUCGCAGUAAAACAGCCCAUGUGGCAAAUGCUGAGUAUAGCUCCGCCUGCACGCAGGUAUCCACUACUGAGAAGCCAGGUCGCCAGUCGGAAAUCGACGACGACAUCUGGGACAUUCCCAUCAGCCCAGAGGCCAACGUACCCGAGCGCAAAAGUGCACGGAAGGAUGAAUCGGCAUCAGUUGCCAAAGUGUAUGGCAAGCGAAAGAAGAUUUCUCACCAAUCGGUUGGUCUUGAAGACAGCAGAUAUGAUGAUUUGGAAGCCCCAUCACCAGCGACACCAGUCGCCAAGCGAGCGCGGCAUGAUGACCAGGCCUUCUCGAUCGGGGCAACGACUAUGAACAGCCUUGUCUCGGUGAAUAUUCCAACGACUAUGAACCAAGUCGGAUCUACUACCAUUUCGGCCCUGAAGAAACUUACUACGGGGGUUGGAACAUACGGAUCACGUCAAGUGCAGGAUCCGUCAACAGAAGCCCUCGGUCAGGACAGCGUGAGCUUGAUCACCGUUCCUGUCAGUGACGAUAGGGGCCAACCAACUCCCGUUGAUGUUAGGCGCAGGCGCGGUAAUUCCAGCGGCUUAGUGACCGAAACGCAGCUUACAGAUACGCAGAAGGACACUCGCAUUGAGGUCAAAUUGUCCCAGGCUUUGAGCUCCAGUGAGAAGCAAGCAUAUCGGAUUUUCAACCUAUCUGGAGAUUCGGAUACAGUGGAGGCUAUGGAUAGCUCAUCGCUAGCGCUUCCAUUGCCUACAACAGGCGGGAGAGAUCUGAAUAGAUCCAGUGGCGAUGCCACGGAAGCUGCGACGACACCGAGCGCGUAUGCGGGCUCUUCAGCUCGCCGGACAGCCGAAAAUAGCGACCUACCCUCCACUGAAAUACCAAUGCCUCCUCCAUCUACAUCGAGUACCCGAGGACGGAAGAGGAAAUCAGCCGCAAUACCAACAUCAUCACCUGACAUCAUCUCAGGCACGACCACGAGAUCCGCUAAAAAACGAAAAUUUGGAUUUGCUGGAGACGAUGAGCUUGGAGCACAUGACGAGACAGUUGGCCACAGUCCAUCCGCUCCGCGCUCUUCGCGCUUGAGGUCAUCAGCUCUUGAUUCUCUGCCUGAUACGCAACCACCUCCUGGGGGCUUUCAACUUCCGCAUUUGCAAGAGUGUCCGGCUCCAGCUGCCGAUGCUGCAAAAUUACCUACGGGAGAAGAAGAUGCGCCUUUGCAAGAAACUGGGCAGAGCCUAGAGCCUAUUCUGAUCUCUUCUGGUCAAGAGGCAGCGCCGGAAGAGCCUACAAUUGCACAGGAGCCGUUGGUUCAGACGCAGAAAAAAAGGGGCCGCAAGAAAAAGGAGGCGCCAAAGCCGCCAGAAGUUUCCCCUGUACCUGUCGAGACUGAAGAACGAAACCCGGGGCCAACAUUGGACAAUGGGGAUACACCAUUUGUCCUGAAAGGGGAUACCUCAAUACUGCAGCCCACUGAGACCUCCCAGACAAAGCCCAAAAGGAAAAGAGGGAGACCUAAAAAGUCUGCAGCUAAAGUUGAUAAUAUGUCAACCAACGCUCCAGUCGCCACAGUAGAGAACGACUCUGCCGAGGUUGGAGGAUUUGUAGACGACACUCCUCGUGCACAUGUUGAUGCCAGCGGCACAAGCAGAAAUACAGGCGAUUAUUCCAAGGGCCGGCAGAAGAGUGAGUCAAGCCAGCCCAGUGAUGCUCGGGACGACAUGAGCACAAGCGACGGGGGUUCCCGACACAAAAGUGGGCGCGAGGGGAAGUUACCUGCCAUCGAAGCUGCACAAGCGAAUAUGCAGACGAACAAAAACGACGAGGACAUCAAGGACGGAAAGCUUGUGAAGCCUCCGGUCUCAGCCGAGCCAAUAAAAAAGGAGGCAGCCACGUGCAGUCGAAUCGGAAGCCAGGUUGGCAAGGCUACUUACAGGGUGGGAUUGAGUAAGAGAACACGGAUUGCGCCUUUACUCAAGUCAUUGCGCAAGUGA